AUGCGAUUACAAAUAUCUCAUUUGAUUGUUCUUAUAUUCUUCGUCUUGGCCACCUGCUUACGGUUUUCUAAUUUGAAACUCAACUAUCAGCCAACUGCCGACAAAUUCAAUGAGACACAUUUGGAUAUCUUUGAUGAUUACAAGAAAUUUCCUAAUAGAGUCUCUCAGAUACAAGAAGAUGAAGUGGAAAAGUUUGAACCAACAUCAUAUUCAAAUACGUCUAUACCCUUGUUUCCGGAGUUCAAUAUAACUCUUAAGCCUCAAACUUAUAAUAAUUAUUGUCUCUACGCCAAUGUUUACAAAACCCAGUAUAGAGCAUUCAAGCUGCCCAUGAUAUUACACACAUCUGCAAAUUAUUUUGGAGAGAAUUUAUUGUUAAUGGCAAACAGUUGGGAAGGUCGAAUCUCAUUAGCUAUUUUCGCUUCUUCUGGUACCACAGAGAGCAAAAAGCUAAGUCCAGGAAUCCCUAAUACGGUCAAAAGAAUAUAUGAUAUGGUUAACUGUAAUCCGUCACUAAAGAAAGCAUUAUCAGCUCAUAUAUUCGUUGCUAACACUUACCCUGAGUUCAAAUGUCCUACAAUUGACAUAACUAUUAAACCACCAUCUGUAUGCGAUUUCUCAGCAAGAUUAAAGAAAUUUCGUUUCAAAACACCUGCCGGGCUUUAUCCGGUAAAUACGGCGAGAAACGUUGCUCGAAUGUGUGACAACUCGGAAUAUUUUCUUUAUGCCGAUAUGGAACAACAAUUUUCGGAUGGAGCUGAAGCUAAGCUGAGAAAGCUUAUUGAGAAACACGAUAUCAAGAGGAACAAUCUUACAUUAACCAUCAGACGAUUUGAACAUAAAACCGGAACAAAUGCACCAAGAACAUUGGAAGAGUUGAACAAAAGAUAUCAUGAAGAUGUUUUUGUUUUUCAUUCAUUCUUUUGGAAAGUUGGUCAUUGGGUGCCUGACUUGAACUCAUGGAUGGAUUACAGAGGAGAUGAGAUAAAGACUGUCAUAAAUAUUAAAAAGUUGAAAACAACAUUUUGGGAGCCAAUGUUCGUUGCUCAUCGAAGCAUCCCAUUCCAUGAUGAAAGAAUUCUCUAUGGAAAAGAGAAUCAUGUUUCAUUGGCUUUACAUUUAUGCUGUGCUGGAUAUAAGUUUGCAAUUGUGCCUGAAGUUUUCAAUUCACAUGAGGGUAUACAUCGUUUUCCUAUUGCUCGACCUAUUGGGGGACAUGCUUGGUUCUUAGCUAAACGAGCUUUAUGGGCAUUCUAUAGAGAACUGGCUGACCAAUAUCCAACCACAUCAAAGAAAUGCUUAAAAGGACGCCAUCCUAACAGGAAUAAACCUCGUCAUCAUAAAAAUAGUACGGUAACUGCUACGACCGGAAAUGGGCGCCAAACUGUAAAUUGA